AUGGCUACUAACCUGAAUCCGAGCCCGAACCACCAUGCGAGUUCAUUGCUUCUUCCGGAGAUCGGGCCUGAUGGCCUGGCGCAAGAGUCACCUGUCAUUGCUUACACCGAGAGGAUAAUUGAGGAAGAACAGCUUCAGUUGAGGAAAUACAUUGACGAAAAUUACUCCAAGAUUCGUGAUGUUGAACGAGAAUUAGCAAAUCUAUCAUUGGAAAUGAAGCUUACUGCUGGACCAAAGAAAGCAGCACUUGAACACAUGCGAAAGAAAAUAGAAAUGUCAACAGAGAGAAUUCGUAUUGCUAAACUCAAAGAAGAACAAGCUAAAAAGGCUUGGGAAGCUGCUGCUAAAGUUGUGCAAGAUGAGGAAGCAGCGAAACAGAAGCUUUGUGAAGAUUUGAAUAAACUGGUCCAGGAAAGUAGCAAUACCCAGCUUUCUAGAUUGGAGGAAUUGAAACGCCGACUGGAGGCUCUGAACCCAAGCAGAUCAUCUACAUCGGUUUCCUCUGACAAGAAUUUAAUACUCAUGCCGGCUGGUACAACUCAAGAUUCAUCCACUGCUCGUACAUCAGAACAUUCCAGUGGAUCAACGAAAACCACAUCCAGCGGAGGAAACACAGUUUCAAAUGGCCAAAGCCCACCAGUUUCUAAUGGUGGGGAAGGAAGAGGAAAGAAGAACAGCCCUACUCAAGGGAGAAUUAAAGGAAUAAGAGCUGUGACUAAGGGUAGGAGUCCUGGCUGGACUGGGGCUGGUUUUGAUGUAGACGGUCGAGGUUGA